AUGUCUCGCCAGUCCUGUGCCCGAAGCAUUGGAGGAGGGUUUCAGAACAAGGGUUUCAGCUCCAGCUCUGCUUGCUUUGGGGGUGGAAGCAAAGUCAGCUUCAACACUGUUUCCACAUCCCGUGGAUGUUCCGUCCGUGGCGGUGGCGGUGGUGGCGGCUUCGGCAGCAGGAGCCUGUAUAAUCUAGGGGGCAACAAGAGGAUCUCCAUUGGUGGCUUUGGUGGAGGAUAUGGUGGCAGCUGUGGCCGAGGGGGUGGAGGCUUUGGGGUUGGUGGUGGAUUUGGUGGAGGAUUUGGCUCUGGCUUUGAUGGUACAGGUGGCCCUGGAUUUCCAGUAUGCCCACCUGGAGGCAUCAGAGAAGUAACCAUCAACCAGAACCUCCUGCAGCCCCUCAACCUGGAGAUAGACCCAGAGAUCCAAAAAGUAAGAGUCGCAGAGAGGGAGCAGAUCAAGACCCUCAACAACAAGUUUGCCUCCUUCAUCGACAAGGUCCGUUUCCUAGAGCAACAGAAUAAGGUUCUGGAGACCAAAUGGAAACUUUUGCAAGAACAGGGCCAAGGAACUGGUGUCGGUCGAAAGAAUCUUGAUCAGGUCUUUGAAGCUUAUAUCAACAACCUCAGGAGGCAGCAAGAAGGUCUUCAGAAUGAGAGGAGAGGCCUGGAUUCAGAGCUAAAGAACUUCCAAGAUCUUGUGGAAGAUUACAAGAACAAAUAUGAGGAAGAAAUUAACAAGCGCACAGCGGCAGAGAAUGACUUUGUGCUCUUGAAAAAGGAUGUGGAUGUAGCUUACAUGAACAAAGUAGAACUGCAGGCAAAACUGGACGCCUUGAUGGAUGAAAUCAACUUCUUUACAAGUCUGUAUGAAAUGGAAUUGAGCCAGCUACAGCAGACAGUUUCCGAUACUUCUGUUGUCCUUCAAAUGGACAACAACCGGAACCUGGACUUGGACAGCAUCAUUGCAGAGGUCAAAGCUCAGUAUGAAGAGAUUGCCCAGAAGAGCCGAGCAGAAGCAGAGUCUUGGUACCAGUGCAAGUAUGAAGAGCUGCAGGUAACAGCUGGGAAACAUGGUGACAAUUUGCAGAACACCAAGACUGAGAUCUCUGAACUAAACCGGAUGACUCAGAGGCUACGAUCUGAGAUUGAUAACGUGAAGAAGCAGUGUGAGAAGCUGCAGGCUGCCAUUGCAGAAGCUGAGGAACGUGGUGAGCUGGCACUCAAGGAUGCCAGGGACAAACUGAAUGAACUGGAGGUUGCUCUGCAGAAGGCCAAGGAGGAAAUGACCCGCCUCUUGAGGGAGUACCAGGAGCUGAUGAAUGUCAAGUUGGCACUUGAUAUUGAAAUUGCCACCUACAGGAAGUUGCUGGAAGGAGAGGAGAGCAGGAUGUCUGGAGAGUGCCAAAGUGCUGUGAGCGUCUCUGUGGUUGGCUCUACCACUAAUACCUCUGGUGGAGGAUAUGGAGGUGGAUAUGGAGGUGGAUAUGGAGGUGGAUACGGAGGUGGAUACGGAGGUGGAAUAUGCUCUGGUGGCCUUGGUGGAUUCAGCUCCGGAAGCGGAAAGGGUGUUUGCAGCAUAGGAGGUGGAGGAGCUUGUUCCAUUGGGGGUGGAUAUGGAGGAGGGUAUGGUUCCGGAGGCACCAUUGUGAAGAAAACAACUACAUCAUCCACCUCCAUCAAAACUUCAAGCAGGAAAUAACAAGCAACGGAGGCAAUGAUGACAACGUCAACAUGGAUGAAAGAAACAUUCUUCGGAUGGCCUCUGUCAAGCCACCCUGAACAGAAACCUUGGUACCUUUCAGAGAAACGGACUGUGCCCUUUAUGACCCUUAUGGCUGCUCUUCCAGAAUACUUUAGGCCUUGCAAUAUUUGAGUUGGAUAUAGACUGAGUUAGCUGAACUUCAGUCCCAUUGAUUUCAAAGAGCCUUAAAUCAUUGCAAGCUUAUUUCAUUUAUUUUGGUUCAGUUAACAUAGUCAGUAUCCAACCCAAACUUACUCUAUAUCGCACCCUUUGUUCUUAACUCAUUGUUGCUGACACAUUUCAUGCCCCCACGUAAAGAUUAGGUCAAGACGACCGAUGUGGAUUAUGCAAAGGCUGUGUUUGCAUGAACAAAGGCCAACAGCAUUAGGUAGUUCUGCAGAGACUAUUCAAGACAAUGCGUGCCUUGCCACGGUACCAUCCACACACCUUUUAACAGAUAGGAGCACUGUUUCCCAUAUCCUACAAGAAUGAUUGUGCUUGUCCUGGAUAUUCCAGAGUUCUCCUUGCCUCUGCUUCAACUAAAGAGAUGCUUAUUCCCUCUUUGAUGGACUACAACACAGGACUGGAACAGGUUUUGCUCUGGUUAGGUGGGGCUCACAUGAGGAAACAAUGCCAGGAGUAAGGUUAUUUGAUUCUCAUAAUGUUUAAAGGGUAGUUGUCACUGCUAUUUUGUCUACAUUUUAACUCCUCUGAAUGAGACCUGAGGAGGAAAUAAUGGGAAUUGCAUCAAAGUGACUAUUCAUGUGAACACAGCCUUCAUGUUUUGCUUCUUCAUGCAAAUGAAUCUCUUACCUGCUACUUUCCUGUGAUUACCUGCCUGUGGCUUUGCUGACUCAUGAUAGUCUGUCAUAGGAACAUGUAAAAUAUCUGCAGCUAAAAUGUAAGGGCAUGUAAUCUAGCCAAAGUUACACUUUCUAAAGUCCCCUUGAUGUCAGGAAGAGAGUUUGAGCGUAUGCUUAAGUCGCUCCCACUGAAAGCAAGAGGACUUACCCACAUCUUAUUUUAGCUGGACUGUGCCCUGUGUUCUUUUCUUUAUUUUUUCCUCUCUCUUUUUUUGUAAUGCCUUAAAACCCUUUUGCUGGCUCAUUUUAGUUUUGGUGGUGAUUCCUUUUCUCUGGUGUGUGACCAAU